AUGCAUGCUUUUAGUCUGUUCCACAGAAAAGCGCCCAAGCCAGCAGCAACUGCACUACCUGCCCUCCGACGCGCUGCCCUUGGCGGUACAGCUGCCGCGGGUAUCAGAGGACCACAAUGCACUAGACGGUGGAUCGUCCCACUGGUCCGCUCAUCUGUGCCUUUUGCACGGCAGCAGCAUGUUUUUCAACAGCAGAAGAAGCAGCAUCACAAGCAGCUCCCGCAUCAAUUCGCACAAGUAAAGUGUCUGCAUGGCACGCCUGAGGACGUCAUACAGACGGCUUCUACAGAAUCCUCGGAGCGCGUGGAGCAUCCUACAGCCGAAAAUGAUAUUCGGCAGCAUAACGAACACUCAGUCGGAGAUGCCUACAGUAGAGAAAGAUGCACGUGCAGCUCGAAUGGGCCAGACGGCACAAAAGACGCAGCGUACGGAAACGAGAACCAUCUUCAAACAGCUGAAAAUUUGCCCAGCGACAUCCCCUCACAAGCUUCGGAUGCGGUAUGUUGCGUUUACGGUAGGCGCAAAAGAUACGUUAGAGCUCGAGUCAAUGCAGGGGAGGCCCGCAACACAACGAGCACCUGCUCCGCCACUGGGAAGGACGAUAGACUUCAGUUAGAGCAGCAAAACAACGUUGUAAUUGGUCGGCGCAGAGGCCGGGCUGCCCGGAGCUGUUUUGAGGCUACAGCGGCUUGGUUAGGUGCCGUAUUGCCCCAAGCUGCUUCAAUAGAUCCGCCCGGUGGUUCUGCUGCUGCUGCCUUUGCGAUGCGGACACAAGGGGAUAGAAUGAUUCGUUUUGGUAUUAACCCUGCUACAUCUGCUGCUUCAUUUCCGACCCAGAAGAAAUUAGGAUUGCCGGAACUGGAGACAUCAGACGCAACAGCAGCCGUCGAUGAAGGAGCAGCAAAUUGCGCUACAAAAGACAACGCAGCAGAAGCAGUGAGCGAUUCUAAACAAGAAUCAGCGUCCCGUGGAAUCGGCCGCCGGCGGCGGCAAGGAAGCCUUCUAGGACUUAUAGGGUCUCCUGGCUCUCCAGAUGUAACUUGGGGUGGGGCAAUAAAUUUCCAGUUCCCGAUCCUGUUUAACGUCGCAAUCAAGCGACUACUGAAGCCGUUGUUCCACCGAGCUAGGCAACAGCGGAGCAAAGAAUGUAGCCGCGCAACUCCAGAAGCAACACCAGCAGCAGCAAGUGGAGCUGUGGGCGGGCCACGUACAGGCCCGAGGCCACGACUGCCGCCUCGGAUUUUACUGAGGUCGUGGCGACCUCUCAGCAAAGCGCAAUCAGUCGUGAACCACAGGCAGUUCGCGCACGCUAGGCAGCAACAACUGCAAGCUCUGCGAAAGCAGCUGCUUAGUGGAAGCUCAGUGAUCAGCCAGGAUCUACAAGGGGAUGCAGUACAGCAGCAGCUUAAGCAGCAGCACCAGCAGCAGCUUACGGCUGCCCAAGAACUUGAGACUGUAAGAAUUCAUGACCAAGCAAUUGAUCCGGCUUCUAAGGUCCCAGAAGAAGAAACAUUGCGCACAGCUUCUGAUGUAGAUGAAACUGUUGCUAAUUUUGCAGCUAAUUCUGACGGAUUCCAGUCGAAGACAACGAUGCAAGAUGAGGAAACACAAGCGCUCGCCACUCCUAGUGGAAGCGAUUCAACUGCGUCAAAUGUCAGGGAAUGUCAAGAGGACACGCAGGAACGGGUGCAGCAGAAAGCACAAGAUCAGCUGCACGAAAAAUCACAAGAGCAAAUGCCGCAGGAAGUCAAGGCAAAGCCUGCUAGCGCUGCGUCAGCGGCGCCUCUGAGGGUGCCAGUGGGCCGGGCUUCCUCACGCACAUCCUCUGCCCGCCGACCUCCUUCGAUCUGCUUUCUGCGUCAGCGCAUGCGUGCGAUGUACAGGCAGUUACGUAGUCUGUUGGCUCCUUAUUGCGCAUCCAUCUCUGAGUGGAUGUAUCGAAACGGAAAUGUAGUGGUUACUGCUGGGUCUCUUCUGUCUCUAACGGCCACGUUGAUGGCUGACAUGCGGCUUCUUCGGACAUUCAACUUGCUUGCAGGGCUGUGUUACUUCUCCUAUAAUUGGUCCAGACGGCCCCGACUGACGGAUGCUGCUCUGUGGAAUGUCGUGUUUUUGGUGUUGAACACUGUGAUGCUGUGGCGCGUUCACACUGAGCACCGGGAGGUGUCGUUCAACUCAGACGAACUCGACUUAUUUCAAAGGUACUUCCUCCCCGCUGGGAUGAGUCCAAGACAGUUUCGUCGUUUACUAAGGCUCGGCGCUUGGCAGACUUACCCGCAGGGUUACGUCUUGCAGCAAGAAAACAGCAACUGUGAGACACUUUGUUUCGUGGCGCGUGGAGCUGUCGAGAUCUCUCAGGGGGGAGAGACAGUGGACACUUACAGAGGGGGAGACACAGGGGCUGUCCUCGGUGUGGAACCCUUUCUCUCUUAUCUUGCUGCUUUGAGGAAACAGUCAGCUAAGAGAGUCUCUCACACAGCAGCAACACCUCCUGAGACGCUGGCAAGCCACGCAGACGAACCCCCCGACAGUCUCCAGGAAAAAGGCCCUGCCUUGUCAGUAGAGUCAGGAACGCAGCAGGUAGUACAUACAGGCGCUAGUCAGCAGCAGCCACAGCAGAAUCGCAUGUCUGAAGGCGGAGAUUUAGUAAGAAAGAAUGUGGCGAUGGGAGCGUAUGGAAGGGACGCACCAUCGGAAGAAGAAACAGCUAAGUUGGCGGCUCAGGAUGCCGAUUCCACCCGUGGACGACGACAGCGGCCACACCAGAAGCUGCUGCAGUCCACACUAGAAGUGCAAUCAGCGAGAGCCCACACAGAACCGGCCCCAGUAGGGACCGCAGUGUCUAAAAGCAGUGUCGAUGCAGCAGAGGGAGCCACACCCGGCACAGGCAUAGUUGCUGCAGCUGCAGAAGCUGCAGCAACCGCUGCUGCUGCAGUGCGCACAGCUGCCGCUACUGCACUUUCAGCGGAGUCGCCCCAAACGCUUGAAACAAGGUCUCCUUCACGGGGGGAAAUGAAGACAUCAACAGCCGCUGCUGUUGUUAAGGGCGGGGUUUCCGCAGCUGCAGAAGGAGCGCGACAGGUGGCGGAAGCUGCUGCAGCUGCAGCUGCAGCGGCAGUCGCAGCAGCAACUGACGUAGCGAGUGCUGAUGCGUCGGAUGGGAAGCAAAUGGGCUUCGAACGAAGACUGCAAAAGCAACUGCCACUACACGAGGUCAGCGCACCACCGAAGGAAGACUCAGAUGAUUUUGAGAGCGUUCGGGAGGAGGGAGUAGUGACAGCGCCGUCUACGGCAACUUGUAUCACCGAAACAACCGUCUUUUGUCUAGAUUUGGAGCAGUUGGCUGCAUUUGUACUACGGGAACCCGAAAAUCUGGGAUUCCCUGUAGUUCAGGGCCUGACGACCUUGUUGGUUAAUCGGUCGCGUGCUCAAGCUGCACGACUUGCCCUUUUUAGCUAUGACGCAUUCUUAGCGGGGGUAUUUGCAGAUGGAGUAGUGCAGACAGGAGAGCGGAAGAUGCUGGAAGAGUUUCGAAGGAAGCGUGCGAUCAGUCAAGCUCAACAUGAGCAAGCACUUGCCCGCCUGGGCUGGACGCCUGAGGAGUUCGAGAGAGGGUCUCAAGCGACUACUGGAAUUUUGUCUCGAAUGGCGUUUGGACUGGGUGCCUUUUUAAGGGGUUCCACAAACUCUGACAGCACUGCGGACACUGAGCUGCAGCAGCCGCACCAAGGCACCAUCUCCGAUCAACAACAGGACAGAGGUGCUUCUUCUCGCGCUCGGCCUUGCGUACUAGAUGAUUGGGUAGAGGCUGAUGGCGAAGGGGCUACCUCGCGGCACCCGCAAACAGCAAAGUCAUCGCGGGGAGCGACUUAUCCAGCGGGCUAUGCAGGGGCAUCCACUGCUAAGGACCGCUGGGGGGACGCUGUAUCUUACGCAUUUGAAGCCGAGGCAGCCUCAUCCAGUUGA